UUCUCCUAAAGUGCGAUGUUGUUUGAAAUUGAUCAUAAAUAGUGUGAUUUUACUGAGUUUUAUGUGCAUCAGAACUUAGUGUUUCUUAGUAUAAUUUGACACAGAAACACAUCAAAAGCACACAAUUAAAAUCAUUAAAACUGAUAACUACAUGUAUUUCAGAAAAGAUAAAACGAAUUAACAAUCAUCGAAUCAAGAAAAUUGGAUUAACAAGUUUUGAAACAACACCAACUAUGCCUAGAGGCACAUCCACAACGCGCUAUGACGAUGAAGACGAUCGUGUGUGGAAUUGUGGAGCAUGGUUCGAGUAUAUUCUAGUAGUAGUUGUUUCAUCAAUACUACUCAUAGCCGCAUCGGUGCUGACAAUAUUCUGGGUUAUAUAUUAUCGAAAAGGUAUCAGUAUGGAUGAUCCCAAGCUGCAAUUCAAUCUCCAUCCUGUUCUUAUGGUAGGCGGUUACAUAACAAUGUCCGGCUUCUCUAUUUUACUUUACCGAAUCUGCCGUUGUUGUUCUCAUCUUAUCGUCAAACUAUGCCACACGUUUUUCCACGCUUGCUCGAUUCCCUGCAUCGUAAUUGGAUUUCUUGCGGUUUGGGACUCACACAAUCAGACAAACAAUCCUAAUUUUUAUUCGUUACAUUCCUGGCUUGGCUGCAUUACCAUGGGAUUGUUUGUUCUACAGUUUGUGCUAGGAUUCUUCAGCUUCCUUAUUCUUCUCUGCUGUGAGAAUGCAACCUAUAAGUUUAGGUCCACAAUGGUUCCAAUCCAUGCAAGCUUUGGCGUUGUAACAUUUAUGCUUGCCAUUGCCACGGCAGUGACUGGUUUAACACAAAAAGCUAUUUUCGAACUAGGUGACAGCUAUCCCAAAACAGUCGAGGAAGGAAUUAUUAUUAACUCUAUUGGUGUCGUUUUAACAGGCCUCGGAAUCAUCAUUCCAUUUGCUGUUAGACGUUCUAAUUCGCCUGCCAACUGCAAAGUUUAUGUUACUGAGCGUAUAUAAAUUUAAAAAACAAAUUUCCGAAUGUUAAAUGUAUGUUUGUUUUAUAUUAGUUAUUGUUUAUUAUUUUAGGGAAAUGUUUUACUCAAUAAUUUUUUAUCAUAAUUUAGAGAAUUGCAACUGCUGAAACAGGUUGAAAAUUAUGUGUAAUUUGAAGGAUGUGUACAGUAAACUGAUUUACUAUAAUGUUUAUCAUAACAUGUAUUUUUAUAGCAAGUAUAAAUUUAGGCAUCAUACUAAACAAAGGAUUAAAAUGACCACGUAAAACAUGAGUUUGUGAGAAUUAUUCAGAUACGUUUUAGCUAUUGGAACCAUUUCUCAAGCGUUGUUAAAAUUCUUGGUAACAGGACACGAAUCAUUUUUCAUACUAUUUGCAUAAACAAUUAAGAAACAUCACAAACAUAUUUCUACGAUCGAUUACAAUCCUUUCAUAAACCAUCGUGAAGACGUGGUGUACACUAGAGUAGAAACAAACAUGUUAUGGCUAAACAGCAACCAUUAUUAUGUGCCAAAUAAAUUUUUAAUUCAUAGUUCAACUUGUUUGUGCGAUGUAAUGAAUUUUAACAAAUAUUUACAAAUCGAUUACACUUCAAUAGAACGAAACGACACAUAUUAUAACCCAUAGAAUAAAGUAGCUCUAAAAUUACAAUUUUUACAACAUAAACGUUGUCCAAUUGAAUAAUAGUAUCAUAUGCAUAAAAGUAAUCGUGAAUGAGACAAAAUGCUUAAGUAACAUUUGUUGAGAUCAUUAGUGGUGUAUAUGUCGC